AUGGCUACAUUGAAGGAGAAACUUGAACAGCUGGAAGCGGCUAAACACCUUCUCGUUGCUAAGCAUAAGGAACCUGACUAUCUUGACAUUAUGGAUGAAAUAUCAAGUCCUUCGAAAUGGGCAAGAGAAUGGAUUAAAGAUAGUAAACAAAAGAAUGGACGUCUAUUCCGCAAUCACCGACCCGCUAAUGCUUCCGACAUUCCGAUUCAAUUUUACCAUCGAAUAUUUGAAACAUUUAUCAACUUGUACAGGAUUGCCAAAUAUCAGAGAGGAAACGUGAACUUGUACUUGAACUGGCAUCUGUCAUGUCCGGUACAUUUUCAGAUGAAAACCAUAGGGCAAAUGCUUUCAGAUGCUGGCUCGAGCUAUUUUUUGAUAAAUGAAAUAGAGAUACGCCCAGAAGAAGCGAACAUAGGCUGCCAAAGUUCACGGACUGGUGAACGAAGGACAGAUGGAAGUAUAUAUCCAAAGAUCGGUCGAGAUAGAGUUCUUUUGGUAAACUUAGAAGUUAAACCUGAGCCUGGUACGAACGGUGAUUCUUACAUCCAGAACAGUGCCUACUAUAAAGAGUUUGUAAUCAAGUCUCGUAAGGAGAAAUCUGAGUUUUAUAACAAGACCUGUUUGCCCGCUUUCCUUAUCAAUCUAGAUGGACCAUAUUUAUCGAUAUCUGGUGCUGUCAGUGUCCCGUUCAUGGUCUGGGAUCGUCUUACAGACAUCUUUCCACUGGAUAUGGUUACUUAUGAUCAUACUAAAGCGGAUUAUAUUGCAAGAAUAUUACUAGCUCUAAAAAACUCCAUGGAUAUAUUGAGAAAGUACUAUACUUCUGUCCGUGAGUCAAGAGAAAUCUCAACUGAACCUUUGCAAGAUAAUCGUUGGUUUCCGUGCAUUAAUAAGAUCGAUUUAGAAGAAGGAACGGCUACCAUUAAAUAUAAAGAAAGGCAUUCUAUAUAUCGGAGUUUAUGGAUUGUGGAAAUCCAGGCUAAAAAUAUGCAAGAGAAGGGCUUAGUCAAGUAUACACAAAAAUAUUUUAAAGAAGCACAUGAUAUGUGCUUCAAACUAGGCCUAGCACCCAAAUUAUGGGCAAUUAAUAACCUUCAACAACGUUGGCACAUUGUCUUCAUGGAAUAUCUGGAGGAAUAUCAACCACUACAUACUUACGAUUCAGAAUUAUUUUUCCAAACCAAAAAUAUAGUUAAAAAUGCUAUGAAGUUGUUUCAUGAUUCUGGUUAUGUACAUGGGGAUCUUCGUGAUGAAAAUAUCAUGAUCAAAUGUGAAAAUGGAAAAAUUGAUAUAAAGUUUGUUGAUUUUGAUUGGGCAGGAAGGGAAGGGGAGGCGAAGUAUCCUGAAAGUCUGAAUCCUACUAUUAAUUGGCAUCCAGACGCUGGCUGGCAUAAACUCAUUAAGAAGGAGCACGAUCAUCAUUUAGUUGAUAAUAUUUAUCUCAAUAUAAAACCUGACAAAUCCUCAAAAAAGCAACGGCGCCUCUCAGAAUGGAUGAAUUGA